AUGCCCGCCUGCUGCGGUGGCGGUGGGUCUGAGCAAGCCCCGGGGAUGCGGGCGGUGAUGCUCACCUGGUUUCUCUCUCUGGGUCUUGCAGCCCCCCCCACCGUGCGGAUCGUGCACUCGGGCCUGGCGUGCAACAUCGAGGAGGAGCGCUACUCGGAGAGGGUCUACACCAUCCGCGAGGGCGAGACGCUGGAGCUGACCUGCCUGGUCACCGGCCAUCCUCGGCCACAGAUCAGGUGGACCAAAACAGCAGGAAGUGCCUCUGACAGAUUUCAAGAUUCGAGUGUCUUCAAUGAAACCCUGAGGAUAUCCAACAUCCAGCGACACCAAGGAGGACGCUACUACUGCAAGGCUGAGAACGGCUUGGGUUCGCCAGCCAUAAAGUCCAUAAGAGUGGACGUGUACUAUUUGGACGAUCCAAUAGUAACAGUCCACCAGAGCAUCGGGGAAGCAAAAGAGCAGUUUUACUAUGAGAGAACGGUGUUUCUCAGGUGCGUUGCCAACUCCAAUCCGCCUGUUCGGUACAGCUGGCGACGCGGCCAAGAGGUAUUGCUGCAAGGGUCUGAUAAAGGAGUGGAGAUCUACGAGCCCUUCUUUACCCAGGGAGAAACGAAGAUCCUGAAGCUGAAGAACCUCCGACCUCAGGACUACGCGAAUUACAGCUGCAUCGCCUCGGUGAGGAAUGUCUGCAGCAUCCCUGACAAGAUGGUGUCCUUCCGACUCUCUAAUAAAACAGCGUCCCCUUCAAUUAAGCUUCUUGUGGAUGACCCGAUAGUGGUGAACCCUGGAGAAGCCAUCACCUUAGUCUGUGUGACGACGGGAGGGGAGCCAACCCCCAGCCUGACGUGGGUGAGGUCUGCCGGCGUCCUGCCUGAGAAGACAGUCCUGAACGGCGGCACUUUAACGAUACCUGCCAUCACGUCAGAAGAUGCUGGCACGUACAGUUGCAUUGCCAAUAACAAUGUUGGAAACCCUGCAAAAAAGUCCACCAACAUCAUCGUAAGAGCCUUAAAAAAAGGACGGUUUUGGAUAACCCCUGACCCAUAUCACAAAGACGACAACAUCCAGAUUGGGCGAGAGGUGAAGAUCUCCUGCCAGGUGGAAGCCAUCCCCUCGGAAGCUUUCAGCUGGUUUAAAAAUGGACGUCCCUUGCGAAGCUCUGAGAGGAUGGUCAUCACACAGACUGACCCUGAUGUUUCACCUGGCACCACAAACCUGGACAUCAUUGACUUGAAAUUCACUGACUUUGGGACAUACACAUGUGUUGCGUCUCUGAAAGGAGGUGGCAUAUCGGAUAUCAGCAUUGAUGUCAACAUCUCCAGUAGUACAGACCCCCCCGCCGUGGAGCCCACCUUCCUGGAGAUUCGGCAAGGCCAAGGCCGGAGCAUCACCAUGAGCUGCCGGGUCCUGAGGGCAUAUCCCACGCGGGUCCUCACCUAUGAGUGGCGCCUGGGCAGCAAGCUGUUGCGCACCGGCCAGUUUGACGUGCAGGACUCCACCGAGUACACCGUCAGCAGCCUCUCCCGCGACAGCUACGGCAUCUACAACUGCAACAUCAUCAACGAAGCGGGCGCUGGGCGGUGCAGCUUCCUCGUGACAGGCAAAGCCUACGCUCCCGAGUUCUACUACGACACCUACAACCCCCUGUGGCAGAACAGACCCCGCGUCUACUCCUACAGUCUCCAGUGGACCCAGAUGAACCCCGAUGCUGUGGACCGCAUCCUUGCCUACCGCUUAGGGAUUAGGCAGGCUGGACAACAGCGUUGGUGGGAACAGGAAAUUACAGUGAAUGGAAAUAUUCAAAAGGGAGAAUUAAUUACCUACAACCUAACUGAGCUGAUCAAGCCAGAGGCGUAUGAAGUCCGUCUAACGCCCAUCACCAGAUUUGGGGAGGGGGACUCAACUAUUCGGGUCAUCAAGUAUAGUGCUCCAGUAAAUCCACAUCUACGAGAGUUCCACUGUGGGUUUGAGGAUGGGAACAUUUGCCUUUUCACUCAAGAUGACACGGACAAUUUCGACUGGACAAAACAAAGCACUGCCACUAGAGACACAAAAUAUACCCCGAACACGGGGCCAAACGCAGAUCGGACUGGCUCCAAGGAAGGGUUCUACAUGUACAUCGAGACGUCGCGCCCCAGGCUGGAAGGAGAAAAGGCCAGACUCGUUAGUCCUGUUUUCAGUGUCGCUCCAAAAAAUCCCUAUGGAGCUACGAACACAGCCUAUUGUUUCAGCUUCUACUAUCACAUGUACGGACAGCACAUAGGAAGCUUGAAUGUUUACCUGCGGUUGAAAGGUCAGACUGCGAUAGAGAACCCUUUGUGGUCUUCAAGUGGAAAUAAGGGGCAGCACUGGAACCAAGCUCGUGUUAAUAUAAACCCCCCGACUUCAUUUCAGCUCAUAUUUGAAGGGAUCCGGGGCCCUGGCAUCGAAGGUGAUAUUGCUAUUGAUGAUGUAUCAAUUGUGGAAGGAGAGUGUAUGAAAUCAGACCAACCGGCCAACAAUUUACGAUCAGGUGCUGUUGGGACAUUAGCGCAUAUACGACUUAUCCCAGUUAUCAUCCUCAUGUCUGUCUUAUGUCAUCAGAGGUGACCUUAUCCUGGCAGAGGCUACAAAAGAUUCACCAGGCACUGGCAUGAAGAAAGAGUCUUUGUAAAAUGGACAUUUAAAAACAAACUACCAAAGAUUCCUCCACUGACUGACUCAAAAGUUAAAUAAAUACAUAAAUAAAUAAAAAAAAAUAAUUAAAAAGCACUGGGGACAUAAAAGGCAUCACAGGAGUGUAACUCACUAUGAACCACGCGUGAGAACGAGAUCUGGCCUAAGUAAGGAAGAGACCUUCAGGUGCUUUUGUGGUCAAUAAUGAAUACAGCAUCAUCUGGUUGAACUCUCGGAAAAGAGCUAUAGAAACCCUUGUCAAAGCACAAAGUCAUGGCUGGUUUUGUUUCAAAUGAAUAGUUUGCUUGUUACCAUGGAAACCUAAUGGCCUGCCAAAAAAAAAAAAAAAAAGGAAGGCAAGAGAGAGGAAAUAAAAACAAAAACAGAGAGAGAGAGAGAGAGAGAAACACCUCACUGUAAACAGGGUAUGUGAAGAGCUGGCAUUCAUUUUCCCUUCAAGAAGGUUUUUAGUAUAGAGGUAAAUAAAUGUAGGCCCUUUCUACUUUGGCUGUCACCUCCCCUAGAGAAUAACCCUAAAUCAGAGCUGUUUUAAGACAUUUAUGUUUCAUUUCUCAUGGCUAUGCUUGAUAACUGUAUGCUGUCUCCUUUUGCAUGCAUUACUAUCCAGGAUGUGCGACCUGGGCUUACAUAUUACACAGGCUUAUCGGAG